CCCCAACCACUGUCACUCCGCCAGAGGAAGCACGAAAGCGUUAGAGCUUAACGGUUAAAUAGUAGACAUUUGAAAUAAUAUGCUGGAUAAUCAUUAAUCUUUCCAACGGAAGGAGCAUCAGUAUUAAGGAAACGCAGCCCUUCAGACAGGUGACAGUCUACCAUGUUGUCCAGGCUGAAAACAACGUGGUCCCUGAGACCCUGUGUCUCUGUUUGCAGAUGGGCGCACACCAAAGAAAAGGGCAAGCCCCUCAUGCUCAACCCCCGCACCAACAAGGAGUCAACAGGUCAGCUUUAUGGGUGAUACAAGGCAUGGCAUUUACCCUGCAGGAGAGGCAGAUUUUGGGGAUACAUGGUCUCUUGCCUCCCAAAGUGGAGACUCAGGAUAUUCAGGCAAUGCGCUUUCAGAAAAAUCUCAAGAAGAUGACUGAUCCCCUGGAGAAAUACAUUUACCUGAUGGGCAUCCAGGAGAGGAAUGAAAGGCUUUUUUAUCGAGUGUUGAUGGAAGAUAUAGAGGAGCUGAUGCCUAUUGUGUAUACCCCCACUGUUGGCCUGGCUUGCACACAGUAUGGACAUAUAUUUAGAAGACCAAAAGGCCUGUUCAUCUCCAUUCGGGACAGAGGACAUGUCCGUUCCAUCCUGGACAACUGGCCCGAGACUAACGUUGCAGCAGUUGUAGUCACUGAUGGAGAGCGUAUUCUAGGCUUAGGAGACCUGGGGGUGUAUGGAAUGGGCAUACCUGUGGGAAAACUUUGCCUGUACACAGCCUGUGCUGGCAUCAGACCUGAGAAGUGUCUUCCUGUGGUGAUCGACGUCGGUACAGACAAUGAGACUCUCCUUAAGGAUCCGCUCUACAUGGGCCUGUAUCAAAAGAGGGACCGCUCCCAAGCCUAUGACGAUCUUAUUGAUGAGUUCAUGGAAGCUGUGGUGGAUAAAUAUGGGCAGGACACCCUGAUCCAGUUUGAGGACUUUGGGAACCACAAUGCAUUCCGUUUGAUCAGAAAGUACAGGGAGAAAUACUGCACCUUCAACGAUGACAUCCAAGGCACUGCUUCUGUAGCCCUUGCUGGUCUGUUAGCAGCUCAGAGAGCCAUUGGCAAACCCAUCACUGAACACCGUGUGCUUUUCCUGGGAGCUGGAGAGGCUGCUCUUGGCAUUGCAAAUCUAAUUGUAAUGGCCAUGAUGGAGACGGGCUUGAGCCAAACUGAGGCCACAGAAAAAAUCUGGAUGUAUGAUGCCCAUGGUUUACUUGUUAAGGGUAGACCUCAGAAGACGGACAGCAAUCAGGAGGCAUUUGUUCAUGACAGUCCAGGGGAUGUACAGAGCUUCCUAGAUGCUGUCAACACCAUCCAACCCACAGCUAUCAUUGGCGUGGCGGGAGCUGGACGUCUGUUUACCCAUGAUGUCAUUAAGGCCAUGGGAGCCCUAAAUGAACGACCAAUCAUCUUUGCUCUGAGUAACCCAACCAACAAAGCAGAAUGCACUGCCGAGGACGCGUACACACUAACUGACGGUAGAUGCCUCUUUGCCAGUGGCAGUCCAUUUGGUCCAGUUACUCUGAGCGAUGGGCGGGUCUUUACACCGGGACAAGGCAACAACGCUUACAUCUUUCCAGGAGUGGCCCUGGCUGUGGUUCUGAGUGGAGUGAGACACAUCAGUGACACUGUUUUCUUAGAGGCUGCCAAGACACUUGCUGAGCAGCUGACGGAUAAAGAGCUUGAGGAGGGCAGACUCUACCCCCCUCUCUCCAACAUCAGAGAGGUCUCUGUCCAGAUGGCUAUCAAGGUGAUGGAGUAUGUCUAUGCUAAAGGCAUGGCAUUCCGCUACCCUGAGCCCAUGGACAAGAAUGGCUUUGUCCGUGCUACUGUGUGGAACACCAGCUACGACUCCUUCCUGCCAGACACCUACGACUGGCCCGGUGUCAGCUUCAGUCCCAAGAAUAAGUAGAAAUGGAGCAGACCCCAGCUGUGCCCAGUCUUAAAAUGGUUCUCUUAGUUAUUUCCACCUUAAUUUAACAUAUGUGUUACCUUAGUGCAAAUUGGCCUAGAAAUCAGGUCAGCAGCGCCACAUUUAGAAUUCGGUGACACUGCAUUUGCACUAAAGCACUCCAAUUUAGAUAUGUGAAAAUUACGGUGGGAAGCGCGGGAACCAUUUGUGUGAGGAUGCCCUCAUCUGUCAUGUCUAUCCCCUACUUAUAGUUUCUUUGACCUAUAUUAUCGAUGUAAACCUGGAUGGAGGUGGAGGGCCACCUAGUGAGGGCAAAGGCAGUGUGAAAGUCUGGCUUCAGUAGUACAGCUACCUUUAUGCUUUCAAAAUAAUGUGAUAUACAGCAAGAAAAAGGCCUCAUAGUUGAGUUUUUUGCAACAGAUUUCAGCACAAAUACAAACAACAGUCCCACCACUUCAGGUUUGAAGACAGGCUUGUUAAAGGUUCUCAUUGUUAUCUUUUUACAUUUUCAAUAGCAAGUCCUCUGUUUUUCAUAUCUUCACCAGAUCUUACUGACAGGAUAACAACAUGAUGUCACUGUUGUGUAUACUCCUGAUACACAACUGCCUUUAGUUCGGCCCAAUUUAACAUUCAUCUCAUUCAAAGCUGUCUAACUGAUGCUCAUGCUCGUCUUUUCAUGCGGUAUAUGGACAUGUUCCACUGCCUUUAUUCACAUCGAGGUUGUCCUCUGGUGCCUUCACAGUUCUGACUAGUGUAGGACUUCUAGCUACGCAGAAACCAAAAGCAAACUAGAAGAGGGAGAGGGAGAGAACAAUUUAACUUCAAGGACGGAUUCAAUUAAAAUCUAAACACGGACCUCCAAGCUGAAUUUGGUGAGAUUUGAUGAAGGGAAAUUUAUUUUAAAUGUAUUCUUCAAAAUAUUCAGUGUAAUCUACAGUCAGAUAACACUUGAAUGUGCACUCCAGUGUUUUGUGUCUUGCUCAUGUCACCUUGUAUUUCUUUAUUGUAAUUUAACUGCCAGUUUGGAACAGCACUUCUUCAUUCAUUGUGAAUGUGUCUUGAAUUAUGAAUCCUUUUAUUUAAAUGUCUCAUUAUGAGAAACAAAAAUAGGACUUUGAUUUGGAUAUUUAUGGAAAUUGUGCCGUAUUGGAUAAAUGUGAUUUUCCAAACUGUUCAAGCACUUUUGGUAACAGACACUCCCCUGAAAAUUAUUUAUUUUUUGUUGAACACAUCUGGAUGUUGUCUUGGUUGUGAUUUGGUUUCAGAACAAAAUGAUAAACUAAGCUAAACUAAACUUUUUGGCACACUAAAUAAUAAUUAAGUCAAGCAAAGAGAUUUAUAGAAAUUGAAGCUGCGUUUAGCACAGUUAGAAAAGUUCAGAAACAUCUUGAGAUUAAAAAUUGGACCUUUUGACUGUUUUCAUCCUCGUCAUCAACAGAGGACAAAAGGUUUUCUGCUCAGCUUUUUGCAUUUCCAUGCAAGAACUGAAAUUGUCCAAUUUUAUGUAUAAACAAACUCACACUCCUAAGGAAGGAACAACUGAUGGCUUAUUUAUCCAUUAUAUAUUUUUUUAAUCUCACGUUAAGUUCACUGGCUGCAUUGUGCAUUAGUCUUUGAAAAUUGAACAUAAACAUGACCACAGUGUAAGGAGUAAUCUUAAAACACUGAAUCAGGACUCUCUGAACCCUCUUGUUGAAGUGCCUGAAAAAAAGUUCAGCGUUUAUUAUCACUCAUGCUCCUCUGUGAACACCUCACAACAUAAAGAGCUGAGAUACACCUCAAAAGCUGUGUGAUCUUUGUUUUUUUCUUUUGUCCAGAAGUCUAUGUGUUGUCUUCACUAUGCAGCUUCUAUGUACUUACAUGUUAUACCAUUUGAUGUGUUGUUGAGGGCAAAGUUUCCCCUUAAAAUGUUUUUUUUUAAAAGGUUAAAAGGAAAUAUUGCUCGGUAAAUGCCAUUAAAACAUGUACUUGGUUCUCCACAGUGCGUUGACAGUAAUUGUCCCAGUCUCUGUUAUGUGUAGGUCCGGUAAUUGUUGUUUUUUUUUUCUUUCGAAUGAAUUGUACAUUAGUUGGUCAUAUAAUGCUGUGCCCUUCCAGUGUAGCCCAGAACUUUUAUUUUUGGUACACAUUUGUAUCCAGAGAACAGUAUAUUUGUGGUGCUUUAAUAUAUGUGCUGCCGAAUAAAAACUAUUUUACAUUGGC